AUGCAGCGCGACGGCUGCGCAGGGGGCGGGAGCCACAGUGGCGGCGGCGAGGGCUGGCGCGGCCCGGGGGAGGACUCGGCGGGGAACCGCCGCGACGCGAGGCGCAGCAGCCCCGCCGAGACGGCCGGGGAUCCGCCGGCGGCCGCGUCCUUGCUGGCCCCGAUGGACGUGGGGGAGGAACCGCUGGAGAAGGCGGCGCGCGCCCGCACGGCGAAGGACCCCAACACCUACAAAGUGCUCUCGCUGGUAUUGUCGGUCUGUGUGUUAACGACAAUCCUUGGUUGUAUAUUUGGGUUGAAACCAAGCUGUGCCAAAGAAGUGAAAAGUUGCAAAGGUCGCUGCUUUGAGAGGACAUUUGGGAACUGUCGCUGUGAUGUUGCCUGCGUUGGCCUUGGGAACUGCUGUCUAGAUUACCAGGAAACAUGUAUAGAACCAGAACAUAUAUGGACUUGCAACAAAUUCAGGUGUGGUGAGAAAAGGUUGCCGAGAAGCCGUUGCUCCUGUUCAGACGACUGCAGGGACAAGGGCGACUGCUGCAUCAACUACAGCUCUGUGUGUCAAGGUAAGAAAAGUUGGGCAGAAGAAACAUGUGAGAGCAUUAAUGAGCCACAGUGUCCAGCAGGGUUUGAAAUGCCUCCUACCCUUCUAUUUUCUUUGGAUGGUUUCAGAGCAGAAUAUUUACACACUUGGGGUGGACUUCUUCCUGUUAUUAGCAAACUAAAAAACUGUGGAACAUACACUAAAAACAUGAGACCAGCAUAUCCAACAAAAACUUUUCCCAAUCACUACAGCAUUGUCACAGGACUUUAUCCAGAAUCACAUGGCAUAAUUGACAAUAAAAUGUACGAUCCCAAAAUGAAUGCUUCCUUUGCACUUAAAAGUAAAGAGAAAUUUAAUCCUGAGUGGUACAAAGGAGAACCAAUCUGGCUCACAGCUAAGUAUCAAGGCCUCAAAUCUGGCACGUUUUUUUGGCCAGGAUCAGAUGUGCAAAUUCAUGGAAUUCUCCCAGACAUCUAUAAAAUAUACAAUGGUUCUGUACCAUUUGAAGAGAGAAUUUUAGCUGUUCUUAAGUGGCUGCAGCUUCCUAAAGACGAAAGACCACACUUUUACACUCUGUAUUUAGAAGAACCAGAUUCUUCAGGUCAUUCAUAUGGACCAGUCAGCAGUGAAGUCAUCAAAGCAUUGCAGAGAGUCGACAACAUGGUCGGCAUGCUGAUGGAUGGUCUGAAGGAGCUGGACUUGCAUAGAUGCCUGAACUUCAUUCUCAUCUCAGAUCAUGGUAUGGAACAAGGCAGUUGUAAGAAAUAUAUAUACCUGAAUAAAUAUUUGGGGGAUGUUAAAAACGUUAAAGUUAUUUACGGACCUGCAGCUCGAUUGAGACCCUCUGAUGUCCCAGAUAAAUACUAUUCAUUUAAUUAUGAAAGCGUUGCCAGAAACCUCUCUUGCCGGGAACCAAAUCAGCACUUCAAACCUUACUUAAAACAAUUCCUACCCAAGCGUUUGCACUUUGCCAAAAGCAACAGGAUUGAGCCUUUAACAUUCUAUUUGGAUCCUCAGUGGCAACUUGCAUUGAAUCCUUCAGAAAGGAAAUACUGUGGAGGCGGAUUUCAUGGCUCUGAUAACUUAUUUUCAAAUAUGCAAGCCAUUUUUAUUGGUUAUGGACCUGGAUUCAAGCAUGGCAUUGAAGUUGAUCCCUUUGAAAAUAUUGAACUCUACAACCUAAUGUGUGAUUUGCUGAAUUUGACACCAGCUUCUAAUAAUGGAACUCAUGGCAGUCUUAACCACCUUCUAAAGAAUCCUGUUUACACCCCAAAGCACCCCAAAGAAGUCCGCCCCCUGGUACAGUGCCCAUUCACAAGAACCAGCAGAGAUAACCUUGGCUGCUCAUGCAACCACUCUACUUUACCGACUGUGGAUAUUCAGACACAGUUGAAUCUGACCGCAGCAGAAGAGAAAAUUAUUAAGCGUGGCACUUUACCCUAUGGAAGACCCAGAGUUCUCCAGAAGAACAGCACUGUCUGUCUUCUUUACCAGCACCAGUUUGUGAGUGGAUACAGCCAUGACAUCCUAAUGCCGCUUUGGACGUCCUACACCGUUGGCAGAAAUGACAGUUUCUCCACACAAAAUUUUUCCAACUGUUUUUACCAGGAUCUUCGAAUUUCCCUUAGUCCUGUCCAUAAAUGCUCAUUUUAUAAAAGUAACACUAAAUUCAGCUAUGGGUUCCUCUCCCCGCCACAACUAAAUAAAGGUUCAAGGCAAAUAUAUUCUGAAGCACUGCUUACCAGUAAUGUAGUGCCAAUGUACCCGAGUUUUCAAGUUAUAUGGCACUACAUCCAUGGCACCCUAUUGCAAAGGUAUGCUGAAGAAAGAAAUGGCGUCAAUGUCGUCAGUGGUCCUGUGUUUGACUUUGAUUAUGAUGGACUUUAUGAUUCCUUGGAGACUCUGAAAAAAAACCGCAAACUCAUCCGUAAUCAAGAAGUUGUGAUUCCAACUCAUUUCUUCAUCGUGCUAACAAGCUGUGAAAAUACAUCGCAGACUCCCUUGCAGUGUGAAAAUUUAGACACAUUAGCUUUCAUUUUGCCUCACAGGACUGAUAACAGUGAGAGCUGUGUGCAUGGGAAGCAUGAAUCCUUAUGGGUUGAAGAGUUGAUGAAGUUACACAGAGCACGGAUCACAGAUGUUGAGCACAUCACUGGACUCAGCUUUUAUCAAGAAAGAAAAGAGCCGGUUUCAGACGUUUUAAAGUUGAAAACACAUUUGUCAACUUUCAGCCAAGAAGACUAAUUUUUUUUUAAUUCUAAAAAUACAACGUAAAUCUUUUUUAAAGAAGCUUAUAUUUUGUACAAUCCUCUGUUCACACUAUCGCGUUGUUUGGAAGCUGUCAAACAGAGUUAGAACUGGGAAUCCUCUGUGAUACGUACAUCUCAGGGAAACUUGUGGACUCAGCUCAGCAGUAAGAGUGUUCCUAUUCAGUCUCGCACAUAUUUGAAUGUGUAAGAAUCGUAUGCGUUGUCCACAUUUUCUGGAAUAAAGAUAGACCAUACCUAAAGCUGCUCUUCUGCUUCUCUUAAAGGGAGAAGUAGGUAUGAACAUUCUUGGGACACCAGAUAUUUGAAUCUUAAUAAACUUUUAUGGAGCUGGCAAACAGUAGACCAAUGAA